CCUGAACAUCACACAACCAACCCGCAAUGGUCACGUUUUUCAAGAAACACAAGGAGGCGGAGAAGCCAGCAAAGGAGGCAGACAACAGGGCAGGCACAGAAAAUCCAGCCGAACAAUCGCAGGCCAAGAGUGCAGCUGCGGAUGCAAUUCCUCCCGCUAUCUCGGCGCGCGAUAACGCGGCCCCUCUACUUGACCAUGACGAUGAGCGGUUCCUCGAGCGCCUAAUAUCAAACGACCAUGACGACGACGACAACGAUGACGAGGGACCGCGGCCCCCUCUCCCGCCGCGUCCCAAAACCCCCGACCUAGUGUGGGAGGACAGCGAUUUAUUCCACCUGCCCAAAACUGAAGAGGGGCCCAGCACAGCUGCCACCACCACCACCACCGCCACCGCCACCGCCGAAGCGCCCAAAAAGCCCAGCCGCUUCUCGCGCCUCUUCCACCGCAAACCCACCACCACCUCCACCGCCCUCACCGUCCCCUCCGGCCCCACAGCCGUCCCCCCGCAAGAAGCCGAGCGCGAAUGGGACGACCUCAACCACGUGCUCGCCCGCCUCGGCAUCGAACCAACCGACGCCUCCACCACCACCUCCACCACCGACAGCACCACCAACACCCCCAAAGACGCCAGCACAGCACCAGCCCCAACACCCCCCGCACCGGGCAAAGCCAAAACGGCCGCGCUCGCCGCCUCAGCCGAGGUACAAUCCCUCCUGCGGCAAUUCGUCAUCGUGCUCAAGGACGUGAUGCGCGGAGCCCCAACCGCCGUCGACGACCUCACCGCGCUGCUGGACGGGCGCAACGACGUGCUGAAGCGCGGGUUCGAGAAGCUGCCGUCGUCGAUGCAGAAGCUGGUGACCCAGCUGCCCAAGAAGCUGACCAGCUCCCUGGGCCCAGAGGUGCUGGCGGCGGCGGCCGAGGCGCAGGGCCUGAAGCGCGAUACGGACGCGAGCGGGCUGGCGAGGUUUUUGGUGCCGAAGAAUUUGGGGGAUUUGGUGCUUACGCCGGCGAUUGUGAAGAGUAUGUUGAAGGCGAUUGUGAAUGCGCUGAAGUUGAGGUGGCCGGCGUUUGUGGGGAUGAAUGUGUUGUGGAGUGUGGCGGUGUUUUUGUUGCUUUUUGUGCUGUGGUAUUUCCAUAAGCGCGGGAAGGAGGAGAGGGAGAAGAUGGAGAAGGAGGCGGCUGGCGAAGGGGUGGACGAUGGGGAGGCAGCAGGGAAGGAAGUGGGCGAGCAGGACAAAGUAGAGGAGGUCGAGGAGGGGAUGUCGAGCGCAUUGGUUGUCGUGGAGCCGCCUGCCGAGAGUCCGCGGUCGUGA